GUCUUCACAUCGAGCGGGAUAUUAUAAAUUGUAAACAGCGCCAUUGUUUUGCUGAAGCUAACGUUGGCACUCGUCUGGGCGGAAUAUCUGAGUUAUUGAGGUUAUAAACUAGUUAUUUACUGGAUUUAUUACAGAUAGAACUCAAAGAAACGGAGUAAAAGCGGUUAUUUGGAACAGAAUGGUUACUAUCUCAUUGUUAAAUCCGAUCUCACCAUUGUAACUAACGUUGACUCUACCGUUGAAAGUCAGAAUCACCCUGCAGACCUGAAUAAUGGAGACAAAGUACCCCACCCUGAAGAGGCCAAAGAGGAAACUGUGCUACCUCACCAACACAGAAAGUCAGCCUAAAAAAUGGAUGGGGCCGCUGACUUUGGGAGACAUUGAUAAAAUGUUUGAUGACUUGGAUUCACCCUCGACUAAUGAGGUUGACCUCGCUCCUCCAACUCCUCAGCUCCAGAUCUCUGAUCAUCAGAAAAAUCAGAGUGAGAAAAAAGUCUCAUCAGUCCCACAGGAAGGUCACAUACAGGAAAAACCUCCUGGAAGCCAUAGGGGUCCUGAAGGAGAUGCCCUGAAUUCUUCCAGAAGGUCUGCCAGGCCUGAACCAGACAUGGAUUUGGACAUCCCAUUCAAAGUGCAUGGGCCGAUUAAGACAUCCAGCCCUAUCGAAGUAAACAUAGCUUUAGGACGUGGGCGUGAAGAGCCGGACAAGGAAAAAGACAGAGUUGUGUCUCCGAUUCUCUUUGAUUGUAAUGAUGUGGAAGAAGAAGAAGAGGCAAAGAUAGAGCCUGCACCCAGGCAGAAAACACAAUCCCAAAAAAGUGAUGACUUUGAGUUGGAGUCUCCUCCUGUUAAACUUGCUUUAAACAAACCCAAUAUGUCCUGCCGCAAAAAAGAGAUGCAGGGAGUUUGCAAAGAGAGUCAGCCAGUCCAAAAACAAACACCCAAGAAACCUGCAAAAGUUGUUCCGGAGGGCAAAAGAAAAACAGACGGUCAGAAAAACAAAGAGCCUCCUGUUCCAGCAGUAAGACAGGAGCCUGAACCUGAAGCUCCCCGUCAAACUUCAGAGAGUGUUAACAAGGAGCCGGAGGUGGAGGUCUCCACCCGUGUGGGAAAAGACAUGACAGCUUUCCUGCAGAGGCUGAGAGAAGCUGGACAGGCCAAACCUCCAUGUUCUAGAAAGUCUCUGUCACCUGUAAAAGUAUCCACUCCGCCUCCUGAGCCAAAGGAUGAUUUCCUGAUUCUGGAGGAUGAAACGCCGCUCUGGAUUUCCAUCCCGACUAAAAAUGCCACCAGCAGGAAACAGAAACAGAGUAGGACGUCCAGCGCGGACAAAGACAGCUCCACAGACAAGGGGGCAAAAGAGAGAGCAGCAGAGACGGGGCAGAAACAGCUGGAAGCUGAGCCGCUAAACAAGAAACUGGGAACUUCCAGUCAGAAAGUGAAGAAGACGAAGGGGAAAGGAAAGAAGAAUGAGGAACCUGAGCUCAGAAAUGAUACUCCUGAUAUGUCUUGUCCUGAGGAUUCUCCUGCAGUCGACUUAGUCGAACAAGAAAUACUAACCAAGAAGAAACAGCGGCUCAAGAAGGUUCCUUUGAAAGAGAGAGACGAAGCACAGAGGCCUGAAGACACAACCAGCAGGGACAGAGAGGACUCAAAGCCCGCUUUUGAAACGAAACAGAACUCUCAGAAGUCCCCUGACAUAAAGAAAGUAAAGCCUUUAAAAGAAGGGAAAGAAAAUGUCAGGAGAGGUAGAGCGAAGACUUUAAAGGAGAGCAGAAAAGUAGUGCGGGGAUCGGAUGCAGGGAAGAAGGCAGUGUUUGCUGAGGCUGUGAAGGAACCGAGACAGGAGGGCGGAGAUCUAGAAGAUUGGGGCUUUCCAUCAGACGGAGAAGUUGUUGAUUCUGAAGCACAAACAGCGACGGCUCCAUUGGACGGAAAUGAUGAACAGAACAACCUCCCGCUCGUCUCUGAAAGGAGUUCUGCUGAGAACGACCAGGCACCUGGGAAAAGGAGAAGGAAGCAGACCAGACAGUGGUGGCUGACCAGCCCAGAGCAGACACAAGCUACAGAUAGACAGCCAGUCAAGACAGCAAAGCAGAUCAAGGGAAUCAACGCUGCAGCACCGCCACCUGUGACGGCUAAAAAAGACAAAGUUUUAAAGAGGAAGGGUAAGAGGGAGCCCGUGUCGUCAUCCGACCACGUUGCAAAGAAAGCUAAAGGUAACAAGGCAAAACAGAGCAACAACAGAAACAGAACAAAGAACACACCAGUCAAGAUCAAAGCAACUGAAGAGGAGGUCGAGGCAGAGCGGGAGGAAAAGUGGGGGCAGGAGGACGAGGUGCCUGACGAGGACGGGGGUGAUCAGUCGAAUCCUAUGGACCUUACACACAGAGACCGCAGCCUCAGAACAGGGGAUCAGGUAUUUCAAAAAGUCUACACCUCCACUGAAAAACACCCACCAGUGCUGCCCUCUCCCAGGGGCCCAGGAAAGCAGCUCAGAGCAGCAGAGUCAGAGAAACGGAGGAGGAAGCCUCCUGGUAACUGGUGGGCAGCUGCUGGCCCGACAGAGGAGGUGGAGAACAUCUCACCUCAGCCUCCGCAGCAGGAGCCAAAACUCCAGAAGGAGAGAAAAAAGAAGACCAAACAGAACAGGUCUAAACUCGGGACUCCUAAAAACGGCAAUGUUGCAGUCUCAUCGAAACCACAAGGGGGCGCUUCUGUGUCUCCUCUGAAUGCAAAGCCGUCGGCUCCAAAGUCAAUCAGGCGCUGUCUGGCCACGUUCAAAGACAUCUUCACUUCUAACACAGAGAGCCUGACCGUGACGAGCAGCGGAGGAGCAGGGCAGAGGAACACACUUAAGGUCGAUGCUGGUGACGGUUCAGUACCUGAUGAAAGUGUCAGAGGGGUUCUCAGCAUGGAGGCUGUCGAGUCCAACAGCCCUCCUUCUCUCCAGUCCCCCCAGGACAGCAAGUGUCAAUCAGAGAACACUUUGAAAUCUCACAGAAGCGGGCCGUCCUCCAUGAUUGAGCUGCAAGAAUACGAGGAAGACAACGAAUCUGUCCAAGCUGCUCUCUCUGCAUCAGAUCUGUGCGCUCCUCCGCUCAAACCGCUGGUCCUACAGCCAAAGGAUAAGGCCAACCUGACCGAGUGGUUCAAGAACCUCUGGUCCGCCUCUGUCGAUAGCAGUCCUGAAAUCACCCCAGACCAGUUCGACUGGUAUUUCCAUAAGGGCCGAGCUAUUGGCUUCCUGGUCGACCUGAACUGUGGGAGCAUCUGUAACGGGAAAAUCCUGCUGGGCUCCUUCAUGAAGAAGCCUCUGAUGGUGGAUCACAGCGCCACAUCAGUUUUUAACUUAUUAACGAGCUCGGUGAGCGUAACCAUCAACGGCAAAGAGUCCCGCUUCAACCCAGGACAAUCUUUCAUGGUGCCAUGUGGUCACGCAUACAGCAUCAAAAACGUCUCAGCUCAGCCUUCAGUUCUGUGCUUCACCAGGAUAUUAGCAGAAAGUUUAGACUGAGGUUGAAACCUGCUCCAUCGUUUGUAAAAUCCCUCAAGUUCCUGAAUAUGUACAUAAAAGAUAGAUAACUGUGUUUGUCUGACCCAAUGUAAAUGACCUCCCUUUUUUUAUUAUGUACAUAUAUGAUGUGUAUAUUUAGAGGACUUAGCUGAUCUUGACUCGGCCAUGACUUCCAUGAUUAAAUGUGGUAAAAAAACAAACCACUUUUAAUAAAAUGUUUUGCUUUCUAUGA